CACACACUGAAUCUGACACAGUUUAGGACACAAAGUAAUAAAUAGAAACGAAACAAGGACUUGAAAAGAUCCUCACACCUCCAACUAUCACCACUCGUGGCACAGCUGGGAGCACCAGAACUGGUCAGGAAACAUGAAUAAACGUAAACUGAGUUUCAAAUGGUUCGGCAGCCUCACCAACCUCACCUUCCGGCGCUCGUCGUCCGGCAAAGGCUCCAAGUCGGACGGCAAAGGUGAGGCCGGCCUUGCGGACGAGGCCGACCUCGAGACGCCGUCGUCGCCGACGUCGCAGUCCUCGGUGGACGACAUGGACGUCCGUCCGCGCCUGCCGAGCUACGUGCGCUCCAGCGAGAUGUACAGCCACAUGGGCACCAUGCCUCGGCAGCUCAGCAAGAAGAAGGACAAGGACAAGGACAAGGACAAAGGGGGCGGCAAAAGCUCGCGGAAGGGCCGGGGGCAGCGUGGCCCGGAGCUGGGCCGCAGCCAGAGCAUGAGGCCCAUGGACCACGUCUGCGACUCGCCGCUGUUGAGCAUGCUGUCCAGUCCGGGACGCGGCCCGGCCGUGCUGCCGCAAGCUGCAGCCAAACCUGUCACCACUAGGGGGAGCCCUAAGAAAAUAGAGGAGGAGGCAGAGGAAGGUGGCGCCGAGAAACCACCUGGAGACUCAGCUGAUGGAGGGGUUGGGGCUGUUCCAAUGGAGGAGCCCAGAACAGACGGGUCUAAGAGCCCUCAGGCUGGUGAAACAGUGCCACCUGGUGGACAUUUAGCUGAAAGUCCAAAAAGCCUGCAAGCCCCUUCAGAGGACACACAUCAGCCCCCGUGUCAGGUGGUAUUGCCAAUGAAGAGGGGGAGGAAGGCAGAAGAGCAGAAGGAUGAAGAGAAGCAGCCAGAGAAGAAGCAGAGUUCAGCAGAGGAGGUCCAGCCGGCACAGCCAGAGGGUGACCAGCAGGGGGAGCCAGACAGCAGCCAAAUGGACCCUUCAGGCAACCCAGGGGAGUAUGUGCAGUUCUCCAAGGAGAAGUACCUGCUGGAGUCUCCGCCGGAGAAGCUACGGAAGGAGCUGGAGGAGGAGCUCAAGCUGAGCAGCACAGACAUGAGGAGCCAUGGCUGGUACCAUGGACACAUCCCACGCGAGGUAUCGGAGACGCUGGUCCUGCGUAACGGGGACUUCCUGGUGCGCGACUCGCUGGUCAGCGCCACCGACUACGUGCUGACCAGCCGCUGGACCCACGUGGUGCAGCACGCGCGCAUCACCAAGGUGCUGGUCAAGACCAGCGAGACGCACGUCCAGUUCGUGCUGGAGGGCCUGGAGGGGGAGGCCUUCGACUCGGUGCCCGCGCUCGUGCGCUCCUACGUGGGCAACCGCCGGCCCGUGUCCCCCCAGAGCGGGGCGCAGAUCUACUGCCCCAUCAACCGGACGCUGCCGCUGCGCUACCUGGAGGCCACCUUCGCGCUGGCCAAUGGCAGGCCGGGCGCCACCUACUCGCCGUCCAAUCAGAGAGGGGCGUAUAUUAAGAGGCGGAGCGUGACCAUGACGGAUGGCCUGACUGCAGAGAAGGCCAUGCCCCACAGCAACGAGGAGCCGGUGGAGCCCCCAGAGGCCCCGCCCCCGGAGGCGGAGCCAGAGAAAGAUAGCAGCCCCUCCACCAUCCACCACCAUAAGGAGUCGAUGAGGAACUGCGCGCUGAGCAUGGACCAGAUCCAGGAGUUCCGUUGCCCCCUCUCCCCCGUCGGGGAGGCGCCUCUGUCCCCCGCAUACAGCGCCGUGUCCCGGCACCGGCACGGCUCUGGCGGCCGCAUCCUGGCCGUCAUCCCCCCGUCUCCGGCCGUCCCCCGCCGCUCCAGCGACCCCCACCUCAGCCCCUCCGCCUCCAACAACAACCUCCACCUGCCCCCCCACCACUCCUCCAUCUCCAGCUCCACCACCUCCGGAGGAGGAGGAGGAGGAGGAGGCGCCCAGGCCCCCCACCACCUCCAGGGCCCCGACCCGGCGGGCAGCUACUGCGAGCUCCGUCCCCACCCCCCCUGCGCCGCCCCGGGCACCCCGUGCAAGAGCUACGUGGAGCGGCUGCGGGUGGAGGAGGGCCGGGGGGGCCCGGGGCUGGCGGAGCUGGGUGGAGGAGGUGGCGAGGCGGGGGACGUGGUGGAGAGGGAGAGGGAGGGUCCGUUCGCGCUGCCCCAGGUGGAGACGAGCUCGUCGCUGCGUCCCAGCCGCUACCAGUCGGCGCUGCUGCCGGCGGAGAACAAGCCGCUGGAGAUGGCCGUGCUCAAGAGGGUCAAGGAGCUGCUCGCCGAGACGGACGCGCGCACCGCCGCCAUGCACAUCACCAAGGCCGACUGCACGGUUGCUAGGAUACUGGGCGUUACCAAGGAGAUGCAGAGGAUGAUGGGAGUGGGGUCUGGGCUGGAGCUGCUGACUCUUCCACAUGGACACCAGCUGAGACUGGACCUACUGGAGAGGUUCUACACCAUGUCCAUCAUGGUGGCGGUGGACAUCCUG